UUCGAAUUGAUGAAAAUGCUCAAUCAAAGCUCCUCAUACUCCCGGGCCGGGAGUCCCGGCCACACUCCGCAAACACUGAUAGUGUGUCUCUUUGUGCCUCUCGUAGGGUCGUUCGAUAAGACAGCACCAUCAUCACGAAGCACGCACCAAUAUGGGGGCGUAGCACCCCGUGGAUCACCACCACCAAUACCGCCCAGAGUGUCCAGUCCAUCUGUGUCGCGCCAGAGCAGUUUCACCAAGAUUGGCUACAUGAUAAACACAGCCAUGAAUGGGGCGAAGCGGCAAAACAGCAAUGGCGAGACAUCGUGGUGCUUUUCACAAAUUAAAGGAGCUCUGGACGAUGACGUAACGGAUGCUGAUAUCAUAUCCUGUGUUGAAUUCAAUCACGAUGGUGAAUUGCUUGCAACCGGCGACAAAGGUGGUCGUGUGGUUAUAUUCCAAAGAGAUGCAGCAUCGAAGACUUCAGUGCCGCGACGAGGCGAAUACAAUGUGUAUUCAACAUUUCAAUCACACGAGCCCGAGUUUGACUACCUGAAGUCGUUAGAAAUAGAGGAGAAGAUAAACAAAAUCCGAUGGCUGAAGAGGAAGAACCAGGCGCACUUUCUCCUCUCGACUAAUGAUAAAACUAUCAAAUUGUGGAAGGUGUCGGAGAGGGACAAGAAGGUGGAGGGCUACAACACGAAGGAGGACACGGGCAUUGUGCGCGAUCCCAGUCUCAUCACUGCCCUCAGGGUACCAACGAUAAAGCCAAUGGACCUCAUGGUUGAGGCGUCGCCGAGGAGGAUCUUUGCCAAUGCUCACACCUAUCACAUCAAUUCGAUAUCGGUGAAUUCGGAUCAGGAGACAUACCUGUCGGCGGAUGAUCUGCGCAUCAAUUUGUGGCAUUUAGAAAUCACGGAUCAGAGCUUCAAUAUUGUGGAUAUCAAGCCGACGAAUAUGGAGGAAUUGACUGAGGUGAUUACAGCGGCGGAGUUUCAUCCGACAGAAUGCAAUUUACUCGUGUACUCGAGCAGCAAGGGCACAAUUCGGCUAUGUGAUAUGAGGGCGGCUGCCCUGUGCGAUCGCCAUGCCAAGCAAUUCGAGGAGCCGGAGGAUCCCACGAAUCGCAGCUUCUUCAGUGAAAUCAUCAGCUCGAUAAGUGAUGUAAAGCUGAGCAAUUCGGGUCGUUAUAUGAUCUCGAGGGACUACCUCAGUAUAAAAGUGUGGGAUCUUCACAUGGAGACGAAGCCGAUUGAGACGUAUCCGGUUCAUGAAUAUUUAAGGUCUAAGCUAUGUUCGCUGUACGAGACGGAUUGCAUUUUCGAUAAGUUCGAGUGCUGCUGGAAUGGCAGUGAUACGGCGAUAAUGACGGGAAGUUACAAUAAUUUCUUCCGUGUAUUCGAUCGCAAUACAAAGAAGGAUGUAACACUGGAGGCAUCGCGGGACAUCAUCAAGCCUAAGACGGUGCUGAAGCCGAGGAAGGUGUGCACGGGUGGGAAGAGGAAAAAAGACGAGAUUAGUGUGGACUGUUUGGAUUUCAAUAAGAAAAUCCUUCACACGGCCUGGCAUCCACUAGAGAAUAUUAUAGCAGUUGCGGCGACCAAUAACUUAUUCAUCUUUCAGGAUAAAUUUUAGCCAACAUUUUCCUCCUUGUCCGUAUUUUUUUCUCCACCCGUAUUCAUCCUGUGUCUCCAUUGUACACAAAUGGCACAAAAUACAUCAGCCGUCUCUGCUCUAAUUUCCCUUCUUCUCCUAAUGCUCGCGAUGAUGUUGGGUGAAUUGAGAGAGAAAAAAGAGAGGGAGAUGCGAGAGGAUGUGAGAUAAAUACACGAAUGGAAUGUGAAAAUGCAAUCACGACGCGUUUCAAUCUGUUUGCAGCAUUAUUCAUCCCUCUUUCGUGUAUUUUCUUUUUUUCCGGUGGGGUUGAGAGAGAGUGAGACUCGAGGGGAAGCGAGCGCGAGAGAAAGGAUUGAUUGGAAUUUGUGUAAAUCGUAGAGAUAUUAACAGACUUUAGUGUAAUUUCUUUUUUUUUAGUGAGAAAGAGAGAAUUAGUUUUUGGUUACCGCAUUUCUCCGUAUAAUGUAUAAAAAGAAGGAAGGAAAAAAUAUGAAGAGAAUGAUGAGCAAGAAAUGGAAUAGCUAAGAAACAAUCUUUAUAUAAAAAGCAAGAGGAGAGAAUUCAUUCUAAGGCGAACAGACAUUUAACAUAAGUAACACAAUGGAGGAAAUCGUAAUUUUUAAUCAUUGGACGAAAAAUAGAGACAUUUUAUCAUGCAGAGAUAACAUUGAAAAAAAAAAAACAAUUGAUGCUGUAUAGAGCGAUUUUGCAAGAAUAAUCAUGUCAUUAUAGAAGAAGAACAGCAGAAAAAACAUUAAUUCAGUGGCAAACGGCUGAUAUUUAGCAAGAGAAAACAAUAUUUACAGAGAGCAGCGCAGAGAAUGAGAAGAAAAAAACUUAUACAUGAAUAGGAUUUUUGAAAUAAAAUACAAUUAGAAAUUCAUUUAUAAAAGAGAUCUUGUGAGUGGGAAUGCGAGAGGAAUGGAGUAUAAAAAAAAAUAGGAAGUCAUCUUGUAAUAAUGUAAAAUUAAAGAAUAUUUUUAUAAAAUAAUAACAUAAGUAUUUGUAAAACAAAUGAUUUGUGAAGAGGGAGAGAGAGAGAGGAUGCGAGUGUGGGACAAAAAAAAAGAUAAAUUCGAAAAGCAACAUAAAAUCACAAUUAAAAAAGGAGAAAAGAAAGCCAAUCAUUUUUUCUGUUACAUUUGCGUCCUGCCUAUUUUUUAUGCUGAAGACAUUCAUUGCUGGUUCAAUUUAGAAACAAAGGUAAUAUAAGAGAAUAUGAAAUCAAAUGGAGGAUUUUAUUAUUAGGAAAUUGAAGAAGUUUUGCUUUAUCCUUCUCUGCAGCGCAAAUGGGUUGAGAAUGAGAGAAAAAUUAAGAAGAAACAAAAUAUUUGCAGCGUGAAAUGGAGCAAAAGAAAAAAAAAUUAGAAUCGUUGUCUUCCUGAGUUUGCCUCUUUCAGCCUCAAUUUUUCUCUCUUUCAUGCAAAUUCCAGACUGAGGUCGUCUCUGAAUUCCUAAAGAUUUGCAUCAUUGGGGGGGACAAAGACGACCUUCGGGGAUGAAGUUUAACAGUUUUACAAUAGGAAAGAGUAUCUUAUUUUUAUUCAAAAAAAAAUCGUCGUGUCUGUUUUUUCACAGCAAAUAUAGAAAUAAUCCGUGCCUUCCUCCGUUAUGAGUUGACAGAAGAAGAAGAAGAUGAAAAUGAAGGGAGAGAAAGAGAAAAACAGUUUCUGUAAGGUGAUGAGAAGAAAGGCGAAAAGCAUGUAAUUUUUCCUUAAAUAUAUAAAUAAACCUUUAUUACUUUAAGUGCAGUGCAUCUCUUGUAAAUAUUUGCAGUGAUAAAAGAGAAAACUAAUAAUACAAUACCGAUUGCUUUUUGGAUUCACGUGGAAUUUCAUUUUUCAAUUUGAUGCAAACACAAGCAAAAUUAAGCAAUUAUCGCUCAAAUGAAUCGGGUGCCAAAUUAUUCCUGAUUUUGUAUUCACCGUGAGAGAGAGAGAGAGAGAAGAGAGACAAUUUGGACAAUUUUAGAGUGCCAUAAGAGGUUCUUUUAAAUGCGAUGACAAAAUAAAAAAUGAUGAUCAGAAAGUGGAAUGUAAGAAGCCCAGUGUGAAGGAAGGAAAAUCCUUUGUACAAAUAAAAUAGUUGCUUUUCAGUAUAAGUGGAUUUUGGAGGAUGUGAGAAAUUAGGAAUAUAUUUUCUAAUUGAAUCGAAGAACAGUGAAAUUGAAAUCAAAAUAACUUCACCUUUUUGCAAGAAAACAUGCCGAAAUUUUAUAUAAAAAAAAUGGUUUUUGCGAGUGAAUUGACAGAGAUGAUCAAGUGUUCGGUCGGCCUUUGGUGUGGAGAGGAUUUUCAAAAGAGAAAAACAAGAAAAAAUAACCAAAAUUUUUCAAAAUUGCUAUUAUAUUUUGUGUUAUGAAAGAGAAGCGAGAGCAUUCGAAAGGCGCAUGCAAGAAGAAUCACAAACGAAUAGUGGUAAAAAGAAUAAAUAAUAAAAGGGAAUAAGUGAGAGAAAUAUUGGAUGCAGUUUUGAAGAUUUGAGAAAAUCGUGGAAAAUAAAAUUGGACAAAAUGUUUAGUUUCAAUUUUUAAAACUUUAUAGCUACAACGAUUUUUUCCUCACCACUUUUUAUUUAUUUUCAGAUGAUAAAUUUUCCCUUCUUUUGUAGUUAAGUGUGUAUAUUAUAAGAUUAAUUAUAAUAUUGUUAAUAUGAAUAAAA